AUGUCGUUCAGUGCAUCUUUAUCACGUGAUAAAUUAUUUAGAGCUUCUUCUGAACAUGAAUUCAUUCAAUUGGUAUCUAAUGGUCAAAUUAAACAGCAACAAUUUGAUAGAUGGUUAACUCAAGAUUAUUUAUUUGUUAAACAUCUUUGUCGUUUUGUUGCUCAUGUACUUGUUAAUGCUCCUCGACAGGAUUAUAAAAUAUUAAUUAGUGGUCUUUCAACAUUAGAAGAAGAAUUAACUUGGUUUGAAAAUAAAUUCAAAGAAAAAAAUAUUAAUAUUGAGGAUAUUAAACCAUUACCUGCUAAUCUUAAUUAUCAAAAUUGGAUAAGUGAAUUAAUCUCAUCUAAAAAAUCUUAUUUGAGUUUAAUUACAACAUACUAUGCUAUAGAGAUCUGUUAUUAUCAAGCUUGGAAAUCAGUAAAAAAUCGCGAUUAUCAAGAAUAUGCUGAUCGAUGGGGAUCCAAAGAAUUUGAACAAUAUAUUGAUCAACUUCGAGUAUCUGUUGAUAAUGCAUCGGUAACAGCUUCUGAUGAUGAUAAAAAUGAUGCAUCUCAUUUAUGGAAUACUAUUAUGGAAUUUGAAAUAGAUUUUUGGAAUAUGGCGAUUAAUGAAACAUCAUAA